AUGGCAGGUCUCGCACAGCACUGGAGACUGGGGGCUGUCGGAAACCUGCAGACCCACCGAGAAGACCAGACAUUGGAAGAGGCAUCUGUGACUACCAACUGCAGCUUUAAUCUCUGUGGAGGGCCUGCACAAAUGAUGGAGCUCUUCCUGGGCAAGUGGAUCCUUUGGAAUCUAUGGAAGAAAUACAGCGAAUUCUUAGAGAGCUGGCUCUCUCCCCUCCCCAUUGGCCUGAGCCGGUGGCUGGAGGCAGUGGGCUGCCUGAGAAGGGGAAUUCACUUCACCAGGACACGGAGACUGUUCAAUCACCAGGAUCUCAAAGUUAUCAAUGUUGGGCUGGAUAACGCAGGAAAAACUACCAUCCUUUACCAAUUUUCUACAAAUGAAGUACAUACAUCCCAUAAAAUGGGAAGUAGUGUAGAAGAGAUAAUGAUAAAAUAUUCACAUUUCCUAAUGUGGCAUAUUGGUAGCCAAGAAUCUCUUCAUUCUUUGAAUACUUACUAUGGUAACAGAGUUUAUGAUAGUUGUGGACAGUACGGAGAAAGGAUUUCUGUAACUAGGAAAGAACUGUAUAAAAUGUUAGCCCAUGAGGACCUGAGGAAAUCUAGAUUGCUAAUUUUGGCUGACAAACAAGACGUUAAAGAGUUCAUGACUGUUGCAGAAAUCUUCCAGUUUCUGAAACUAACUUCUAUUGAAGAUCACCAGAGGCAUACCCAGGCAUGCUGAGCUCUUACUGCAGAGGGGUUGUGCCAAGGACUUGAAUGGAUGACAUCAGGAUUUAAGAUUACCUGGCCUCCACUGACCUCUUCUCAUAGACUUUGUAUAAACAAAGUGCUAGACUUUACCUGGAAGCCACAAAAAUUAAUGGUUCAGAUGUAGUUAUAGUAAACUGAUUUAAACUUUUUCUAUAAGGAGAAAAAUUAGAAGAGUGGACUGGGUGGAGGGAGGCAAAAGGGAAAAAUGGGGACAACUGUAAUAGAAUAAACAAUAAAAAUAUAAAGUAGAAAAAGAGAGAAAAAUUAAGACCACAUAUUUGAAAACAAAGAUGAAGUUUUAUCUCUGAAUUGCUUUCCCAUUAGUUUCUGCCAAAGCAAGGUCUUAAAGCUGUGAUUAGCAUUUUUCACAUAAUGAAUCCUCUCAGGACAUUGUGUAGCCUGUGGUAAAUAUUUACAAAGGGAGGGGAAGACUUUUUUUUAACUUUAAGAGCUUUAUUAUCAGUAUAACCUUCCUUACUUUAAUGUUUUCUCUUCUUGUUCCAUUAAGUCAAAAUACAAAUCAGCGCAGAUAUUGAGUUUCCAAUAUUUUAAAAAGUUAUGUUGCUUAGGAAAAGUAUUUUGUAUAAGAUUGUGCAUAUAUCUCAAGUUCAAGUUUUGACUUGUAGAGAAAAGUGAAUAACAAAAAUCAAUAAUAUCCUUAAUUAUAAUCAUAAUGAAAUGAGCACUAGCAUUGGUUUAGGUGCCAAUUUGUACUCUCCCCCUAUGUUCUCUGUAUUGUACUAACCAACCUCCAAAAUCAUUGAGCUG